AUGCCUUUCCAGAGCGUGGUCCUGAUGGGAAGAUCUUGGUCGUACCUCGACGCUAAGUACUGGACCAAAAGAAAGUUCGAUGACUACAGGAGAGCAGACGAUGUAACAGUCCUGGGUGCCACGAAGGGCCGCAAGGGCCCCACGCGCCUCAGAAUUUCGAACGAAAACGUCACGAUGCAGUUCGUUAUUGACGCACACGGCAACCCGAUUGACGGCGACCGUGCAUCUGCAAUUCGUUCAGAAAUGCGGGCUUGGUUGCGAGGCCGCGACGACCUCCCGGAGACUUGGAAGGCAGGGGCCUCUGUGGAGAUGAAGACAGCGCUGUAUAAGCACAUGUACGAGUGCUUUCCGGAACUACAACUCAACGACUUCGACUGGAAGGUCGAGCAGAUUGCUAUUGACGUCUACUCACAGUUCGCCGGCAGCCUCAGGCGCAAGAACAAGUCUCUCAAGAAAAAAUCCAGCCGGGGAAGCAAAAAACGCACCCGAGACAUUCCGCCUGAUAGCUCUAUUGCAAUGAACCUCGACGACGCACCCUUCCGAAUGCCCUCUCAGUCAGCAGAACGGGAUAUUGCCGGGCCAUCGACGAUUCCCAGCGGGCAAGAUAACAAUGCACUCGUCGUCCCUGAGAGCGCUGCUAUACCAUCGCCUCAUGACUCCCCAGGCAUAGAAGAAUCCACGUGUGCCCUCGACCCCAUCGCACGUAACGACAUCCUGGCUCAGGAGUCUGCCCACGCUGAGCAGAGCAGCUCCCCCCUCUUGGCAAACGCCCUUGCCGACGUGUGCGCAACGUUCAAUGCCGCUCGCACUGACACGCAGUCCGGAUUCGAAAGUGUGGCAACCCAUGGGCUUGGCAAUGUGUCCGAUGGUCCCCAGGCACCCAAGAGUCGGAUCAUUAUUCCGGACCCGCUGGCCGAUAUGUGGGCAACAUUGGGGCCCUCGCCCAAUGGUGAUUCAAACCCCCCUUCUCCCUCGCCUCGCCCCAGUCCCGGUCCCUCGAACGCUGUUGACACCACAGCCAUCAACGCAUCAAAACCAGAUGCUCUGCCGCGUGUCUGGCCCCCCACACCGUCGAAGACAAAGCCGAAAGAUCUGUGUGCCAGAAUCUGGAAAUCUCGCAAUCCCGAGGGCACGGAGACGCAAUUCGACACCUUUUACAAGGAGAGGAUCCCAACGCAAAACAUGCGGCACAUAAAUACAUUCGACUCGAUGGCGAUUUGGAAGCUGCGCCGUGCAAGAAGGGAGGUCCCAAAAAUGCGAAUAUCUGAGAGGCUGAGAAAGGAUAGUCUGAGUUCUGUGCACUGGCAAGAGUAG